AUGCCGAGAAGCAAGCGAGGAAGGAAGCUAUACAAAGUCAAUGUUCAGGACAAAACACAACAUUUACUCAAAAGACUGACGCCCGCGGAGGGGAAAAAACAGCAAAAAAACAAAUUGGCAAUAUACACAAAUGCAAAGAUUCGUACCCGGGGACUGGCAUCUAUCCGCAUUUCUAAAUUCGAGUUCCGAUACGUGCGCUGUUGGCAUUGUGGGAAUUCUGUUCAUAACAUCACAUCUAUCUAUCUAUCUAUCUAUCUAUCUAUCUAUCUAUCUAUCUAUCUAUCACGGUGUCUUUAUAUUUAUCUAUGUAUCUCAAUAUUUUCAUAUGUAUCUAAGUUUGUUCAUAUCUACCUACGUAACUAUCUUUCUACCUUAUUAUAUUCAUAUCUAUCUAUCUAUCUAUCUAUCUAUCUAUCUAUCUAUCUCAUCGAUGAGUCAAUAACCUAUCGAUAUCCUAUCUAUCUAUCUAUCUAUCUAUCUAUCUAUCUAUCUAUCUACCUCAAUUUCGUCAUUUAUAUCUAUCUAUCUAUCUAUCUAUCUAUCUAUCUAUCUAUCUAUCUAUCUCAGUUUCGUCAUAUCUAUCUAUCUAUUUAUCUAUCUAUCUAUCUAUCUAUCUCAUCUUGUUGUUAUUAA